CUCAUUUUCACGUUUUCAAAAGAAACGAAAAAGUUUUAAAUUUGUAACAAAGUCUAUUCACCCCCCCCUCUAGACUUUGUAUCUCACCACUUUGGGACCACCACCUUCAAAUCUUCCCCCGAGUUUACCGCGGUCGCUAUGGAGCAGAUGGACAAGCUGGUAGUUGAGUGGCUCAAGACCGGGCCCGGAGCUCAAUGGAUGGUCAGGGAAUCAGAGAAGACCUUUAACUGCGGACUCUUCCGAGCCCAACUGGUUUUCCGCGACAAGCUAGCUCGGCUUCCCAAGGGAAUCUCCCUUCCUGAUCUGGGUCUUCCCCCUCCCUGCUGCGCCUUCGCUGAGUUCGACCCCAGUCCUUACUUGGAUGAGGAGAGUUCGAGUGCCUCCGAUGAUGAAGAGGAGUCAGUUGCGUUGGGCGACUAGGAGGGGCAAGGCGACCAGGAGCCUGGGGUGAGUCUGGCGGCGGCCAAGGCGGGCGUAGGCACCAGCUCCGGAGUGUGAUCUACCCCACUUUCCCCUUGCACUUUUUGCCUUUAGAUCUGUAAAAACUUAUGAUUUUUGGAUGCCUUGGUGUUUUGGUACAAUGUUCCCAUGUUUGUCAUUUUAUUUUUACUUGCCGCAUGCCUUUGCAACUGUACCCUUUCUUUAAAUUGACCCACUCCGUUGAUGUGGAUGGGCCUCGAGGCCGGGCCCAACUUCUUUUCCUGGCCCACGUGUAUGACUAGGCCUACUCUUGUGACCU